UCGCCAAAACAGAAUGGACUCUGACGAAGUGCCGAGUCGCUGAUAGCCUACGAUUCCACUUACACCUCUGCCAGUUCUCCUCCGAUGGCCCACCUCUCCGCCCCGCCUGCUGCCGCCGGCCACCGCGUCUCCCCAUCACAUCAGCCGUUCCUCGCUUUGAAGAAAAUCGCGCCGUCAUCGGGCCGAGCCGUCGCGCCGGCAGGGCUUCCUUCGUGGGGGGCGGCGGUGGCUAGAGCCGCCGCGAGCUCCGAUCGGGCAGCACCGGCCGGCACCAUUGUCAAUCCAAUUGAUGUCCCUCUCUUGUCUUUCUCUGAGAUUGCAGAAAGGCUUGAUGCGUUCCAAGCAUCUGGUGCUAGAAGUCAAAAUUACGUGGCCAUGUACUCUAGUAUUUUUGGUGGAAUUACCACAGAUCCCUCAGCAAUGGUGAUACCGAUUGAUGAUCACAUGGUCCAUAGAGGACAUGGUGUUUUUGAUACUGCUGCUAUUAUGGAUGGUCACCUUUAUGAGUUAGAACAGCAUAUCGACCGCUUCCUGAAUUCUGCCCAGAUGGCCAAAAUCCCAUUGCCAUUUGACCGUUCAACAAUUCGAAGCGUACUUAUUCAAACUGUGUGCGCAUCAAAAUGUUCUCAAGGAUCACUCAGGUACUGGUUGUCUGUUGGACCUGGAGACUUCCAGUUAUCUUCAUCUGGCUGUAGAAACCCAGCUCUCUACGCUGUCGUCAUUGAAAGUCCAUCUUUGCCAGAACCAUCUGGCUGCAAAGUGAUCACAUCAUCCAUACCGGUAAAGUCUCAACAAUUUGCGGUCAUGAAAAAUGUAAACUACCUGCCGAAUGCACUCACCAAGGUGGAAGGUGAGGAAAAUGGUGGGUUUACCGGCAUCUGGUUGGAUGAUGAGGGUUUCGUCGCUGAGGGUUCAAACAUGAAUGUUGGCUUUGUGACACCGAACAAGGAGCUUCUCAUGCCCCGCUUCGACAAGAUCCUGAGUGGGUGCACGGCAAAACGGGUUCUGGCCCUUGCCGAGCAGCUAGUGGAGAAUGGAAUGCUCAGUGGGAUAUCUUUAAGGAAUGUGAGUGUCCAGGAAGGGAAGGAGGCCGACGAGAUGAUGCUCAUUGGAAGUGGAAUUCUUGUCAAACCUGUUGUUCAGUGGGAUGAUCAGAUGAUUGGCUCCGGUAAAGAAGGCCCAAUUGCUCAAACACUUUUCAACCUUGUUCUUGAGGACAUGAGAUCUGGUCCACCUUCAGUUCGUAUCCCUGUCCCUUACUGACACCCCCUGCAUUAUAGUCCUUGCAGAAUACACGUGAACAAAGAGAUAAAUACUGUAAAUUCCAUGUGUCACAUAAAAGCUACAUGAAUAUACUGGCAGCAGUGUUCCUUUUGGUCUUUGCAGAAAUCAUUUGGAGCCACUCUUGUGUGUCAACCUUAUGCCUUUUUAGGCAUGUUAAACCAAAACACUCUUCUACUCUA